GCGUCCUCUCUACGGCCGUACUUUCGCCCAUCUGAAGUCAGAAAACCCUAAACCCCUCUGAACUGAACUCUGCAUCUCCCGCGAUAUCGCUCUUCAAUGUCGACUCUUUAUCUCUUGACCCGAUCCCGGAUCUCGCUUCUCAAAGCCAUAAACCCCAAUCAUGGAUCGAAUCUUCCAAUCAGGUCCAUCUCCGCAACCCCGUUUCUCUCGCAGGAGCCCCAGCUCGCCGCCGAGUCGGCUGAACCCGAGGCGUCUCCUCCGCGGGAGAGCUCGACGCCGCUUCCCCCGAAUCCGUCGACCGGAAACCCUCUCUACCAGGAGAACUGGCGGAAUCCGAUCCCGGGUUCUGAGUCACUGACUCAGUCUCUGGUCCCUUUGGGAUUUCUGGGCCAGAGCCCUGCUUCUCGUAUCCGAUCCCUGGCCGAGACCCUUGACAUGAACUCUCUGCUGAAUCUGUUCGCCGAUUGGACCGCGUCGCAAAGGUGGUCCGACAUGAAGCAGCUGUUCGAGUGCUGGGUUCGGACCCUCGACCAAAGUGGGAAGCUGAACAUGCCCGACGUGAACCUUUACAAUCAAUACCUCAGGGCCAAUUUGAUGAUGGGUGCUUCGGCUGGAGACUUGCUCGAUUUGGUUGCCCAAAUGGACAAUUUUAAGAGCACACCCAACACGGCGUCUUUCAAUCUGGUGUUGAAGGCUAUGCACCUAGCCCGCGAGACUGAGGCUGCUCAGAAGCUGCUCGAACGGAUGCUGCUGACAGGGAAGGAAUCUUUGCCAGAUGAUGAAUCUUAUGACUUGGUUGUUUCAAUGCUGUUUUCGACGGAUCAGAUUGAUGCUGCCUUGAAAUAUUUGGAAAUGGCAUUAAAGUCUGGUUAUAUGUUAUCCAUGACGGUGUUUGGUGAUUGUGUCCGUAGUUGUGCAGCCAAAGGCAGGACAGAGACACUGGUGUCGGUCAUUGAGAAAUGCAAGGCUAUUGGUCAGAACAAGUCCUUAUGCCCUAAUUGGACUCUUUGCAACUAUAUAGCCGAAGCUGCAAUUCAAGACGACAACAGCAAAUUGGCAUUCUAUGGAUUAGAAUUUAUGUUCAAGUGGAUAGCGAGGGGCGAAAUGUUAAGACCUUCGGUUUUGCUUUCUGUAGAUGAAGGAUUGAUUGUAUCGUUGCUCGCUACCGCAGCUAGGACUUGCAGCUCAACUUUGUUGGAUGCAUCAUGGACCGUUUUACAAAAGUCUCUUCGCGAUAAAAUGAUACCCAAUCCCGAAACUUACCUUGCAAAGGUUAAUGCUCAUGCAUCAUUGGGGAAUCUACAGAAGGCAUUUGCUACGCUUAGAGAAUUCGAGUCUGCAUAUGCAAACUCUGACAAAGAAGUUGUAGAGGAAAUGUUUUCGCCUUUUACAUCUCUACACCCGUUGGUGGUGGCGUGUUCUAAGAAAGGUUUCGAGACCCUGGAUGCGGUGUACUUUCAGCUAGAGAAUCUUAGCCGAGCAGAUCCUCCGUACAAGUCCGUUGCUGCUCUGAACUGUAUAAUCCUCGGUUGUGCAAACACGUGGGAUCUAGAUCGUGCUUAUCAGACGUUUGAGGCAAUAAGUGGUUCUUUUGGAUUGACACCUAAUAUCCAUUCAUACAAUGCUUUGCUCUGUGCCUUCGGCAAACUCAAGAAGACUUUCGAGGCUACGAGGGUUUUUGAUCAUCUUGUUAGCAUAGGCGUAAAACCUGAUACUCGGACUUAUUCAUUUCUGGUUGAUGCUCAUCUCAUCAACCGGGAUCCCAAAUCAGCUCUGUCUGUCAUUGAUGAUAUGGUGAACGCUGGAUUUGAACCCUCCAAGGAAACGUUGAAAAAGGUAAGAAGGCGAUGCACCCGGGAGAUGGCCUAUGAAACCGAUGAUAGAGUGGAGACAUUGGUCAAGAAUUUCAAGAUCAGGAUGGGAACCGAGAAUCGCAGGAACAUGCUGUUCAACCUCGAUUACUCGACGGGCUUCCAGUCAUAGAAACAACUUCCUGGAUAAUAAUCGCUUUGUAAAACCCUACGGCUUCCAGUCUUAUGCGUCGAAACCAUAUCAGAGGAAAGUAUUGUGACAAAUCUCCUAAUGCAGGUUCGUUUCUUGUGCGGAGUGAGAAGUUGAAUACACAACGUUAAUGGAGUCUCCGAGCUCAGGGAGUGUUUGAAGUUGCCAGUCGCAGUGAAUGUCGCGCCGCUGUACAUUAAAUUGAAUCUUUUCCAUUUUUGAGAAAUUCGCUUUUUGUAUUGGAGUUUCUUUAUAUUUUGCAAGAUCUAACUUAUACAAAGGUUGAUUUUAUUUUUUUAAUGAAACUUUGGAACAAA